AAUCGUAUUGUAUUUUAUUCCGGGAUUCUGGGAAGAAGAAGAAGAAGAAGAAGAAGAAGACACUCCGAUGGCGCCUCAGCUUCUCUCCACCUGUACCUUCAAAUCUCUCUUUGACUCUGUCGACACUUUCCUCUUCGACUGCGAUGGUGUUAUAUGGAAGGGUGACACGCUCAUCGAUGGCGUCUCCCAAACUCUCGACCUAAUCCGCUCUAAGGGUAAAAAUGUGGUUUUUGUGACAAACAAUUCGGUAAAAUCGAGGAGGCAAUACGCUGAAAAGUUCCGAUCUUUGGGUCUCGCUUCUGUUACUCAGGAUGAGAUCUUCUCUUCGUCAUUUGCUGCAGCUAUGUACCUCAAACUCAACAAUUUCCCUAAGGACAAGAAGGUUUAUGUGAUUGGUGGAGAGGGUGUUCUUGAGGAGCUUCAGAUUGCUGGUUUUACAGGUCUUGGUGGUCCCGAAGAUGGUGAAAAGAAGGCACAAUGGAAAUCAAACUGUCUCUUUGAACAUGAUAAAAAUGUGGGAGCAGUUGUAGUCGGACUAGAUCCCAACAUUAACUACUAUAAGCUUCAGUACGGGACCCUCUGUGUCCGUGAGAAUCCGGGAUGUCUUUUCAUUGCGACCAACCGUGAUGCAGUAGGACAUAUGACAGAUCUGCAAGAGUGGCCUGGUGCUGGUUGUAUGGUUGCUGCGAUGUGUGGAUCAACUGAAAGAGAACCAAUAGUUGUUGGGAAACCAUCUACUUUCAUGAUGGACUUUCUCCUACAAAAAUAUGGGACAGACUCAUCAAGGAUGUGCAUGGUGGGUGAUAGGCUAGAUACUGACAUCUUGUUUGGGCAGAAUGCUGGCUGCAAAACCCUCCUGGUCUUAACAGGGGUGACAAGUGAAUCGGAUCUACUAGAAAAAGGCAACAAGAUUGAACCAGACUAUUAUACAAGAACAGUCUCUGAUAUCACAAAGCUGAUGGAUUCCCCUAGUAAGUAAGGCCGUCAUCAUCUUGCCUUGCCCUGAAACAGUAAGAUAUGUCCUGUCAUUUGCGUAUGAAAAGAUGAACUUUCUGAUUAUUACUUUUGUCUUCGCUGAUAAUCUAAUGAUCAAUCAGAAAACAUGGCUUGCUAGCUUUUAAUAAAGGCUGAGUUGAAUUCGUUUGUUAUGUUGGACUUGAGCAAGAUGAAAAGUUGAAUGAAUUUGGUAAUGAGCAAGUACGAUUUU